UCCCAAGUUUGAAAAGAAAAAUUAAAACAAAACCGAGUUCCCACAAGUCAAAUGCAAGAAAAAAGACAAAAACAGAUAAACAAAGAACAUGGAAUAAUGUUGACAUUCCUAAUAAGCCUGAGAGGGAAUUUGAAAGGCCUUCGUGGCUCGAAAAAGAUUUCACUCCAACAGAAAUGUUUGAAAAACUUUUAACUAAUGAGAUUAUCGAACAUGUUGUUGAGAGUACUAAUAUUUAUGCCUUGCAAAGUGGUAAUGAAUCUUUUAAUGUUUCAAUAGAAGAAAUGCGCAUAUUCAUGGCAAUAUUGUUUCUGAGUGGAUAUUGUAUUGUACCACGGAAGAGGAUGUACUGGGAAUUAUCUCCGGACACUCAUCAUGACACUGUGUCAAAAGUUAUGAGCAGAAACAAGUUUGAAGAGAUUCUUCGAUAUUUUCAUGUCUGUGAUAAUGCAAAUUUAGAUGUCUGUGAUAAUGCAAAUUUAGAUGUCUCAGAUAAAUUUGCCAAAAUACGUCCUUUGUGGAAUAUGUUGAAUGAACGAUGGCUUCAAGCUUACCCUGGCGAUGCAAAUAUAAGCAUCGACGAAUCAAUGGUUCCAUACUUUGGACGACAUGGUGCUAAACAGCAUAUACACGGGAAACCUAUACGGUUUGGGUACAAAGUUUGGUGUGUAUGUACCCGCCUGGGGUAUUUGAUUCAGGCUGAACCAUACCAAGGUAAGAAAACAGGUAACACCAUCCCUGAAAUUGGAGUGGGUGGUUCAGUUGUAAUAGAUAUCCUUAGUGAGCUGCCUCAAAACAAGACAUACAGUAUUUAUAUGGAUAACUUUUUUACCUCUUUAAAACUACUAGAUUAUUUGUCAGAAAAGGGGCACGAUGCUACAGGCACAAUAAAGGCUAACCGAGUUGAAAAUGCCCCACUCAAGGAAGCAACUGUUUUGAAAAAGGAAUCACGAGGUUCAUACGAUCAACUUACUGAACAAAAAACAGGUAUCACCUUGGUAAGGUAUAAUGACAACAAUGUUGAACUGUUGCUUCAACAAGAUGUGGCGUACAGCCCAUGGGUAAGGCCAAGAGAUGGUGUCGUGUGGCAAAGCGUCAAGUUGAUGUUCAACAGCCUGCCUGUAUCAUAA